CGCGCAGUUGAGGUGGAACAACGGGCAACAAAAAAGCUGCAGCGAACGGAUACACUUGGCUCCGACGUGCGCCUUCACCACCCCGGGAACAUUUCCUCCCCAGAAUAAACUUCAUUAUCAGGUGCUGGUUGCCGCCCUAUGUGAGCCUGAGGAGCCUUUCCUGCGUUGGUAGAUUACAGCAUGAGAACUGAUCCGAUACUCUGACCAAAAGAAAAAAGCCACUGGACACAGACCACUGAGGAGGGGAGAAGACAGAAGGUUGUGGUGGUGUGGCCAUGGAUAGAAGGAAGGUUUGCAUAUUUAUGGUGCUAUGGGCCAUGGCCCACCUCAGCUCUCCAGGUCAUGGGCUCAGGGCCUUGAGAAGGACUACAGGGGGGCGGAGGGGGGCGGGACUGACAGGACAGGAUGCCAACGGAGUGCCGCUGAGACGCUCUAAACGAGGUUGGAUGUGGAACCAGUUCUUUUUGUUGGAGGAGUACACCGGGACAGAUCUGCAGUACGUCGGAAAGCUUCACUCGGAUGGUGACAGGGGAGAUGGCAGCGUGAAGUAUGUCCUGACAGGGGAAGGAGCCGGGACCCUCUUCAAGAUAGAUGAAAAGUCAGGAGACAUCCAUGCCACCAAGAGGCUGGACAGGGAGGAGAAGGCCUACUACAUCCUCCAUGCCAAAGCUGUCAACCGCUUCACCAAUGAGGCGCUUGAAGGCGAGUCCGAGUUCAUCAUCAAGAUCCAUGACAUCAAUGACAACGAGCCGCGCUUCACCAAGGACCCGUACACUGCCAGAGUCCCUGAAAUGUCUGACAUUGGCACCUCUGUAAUUCAGGUGACAGCCACAGACGCCGAUGACGCCACGUACGGGAACAGCGCCAAGGUGGUGUACAGCAUCCUGGAGGGCCAGCCGUACUUCUCCGUGGACCCAGAAACUGGCCUGAUCAAGACAGCCCUGCCUGGCAUGGACAGGGAAGUCAAAGAAAACUAUCAGGUUGUGAUCCAGGCUAAAGACAUGGCUGGACAGAUGGGCGGGCUCUCGGGAACCACAACGGUCAGCAUCACCCUCUCAGACGUGAACGACAACCCACCACGCUUCACCAAGACCCUCUAUGAGUUCAGGGUACCCGAGUCCAUCGAGGUUGGGUCCGUGGUGGGAGUGAUCCGAGCCAUGGACGCGGACAUCGGCCAGAAUGCAGAGAUGGACUACCGGAUUAUUGGGAGCGAUGGGCCCGGGAUGUUUGAGGUCACGGCCAAUAGGAGCACACAGGACGGCAUCAUUUUGCUGAGGAAGCCGUUGGACUAUGAAAGGAAGCGGCAGUACAGUCUCCGCGUUCAGGUGGAAAACGUCCACAUCAACCCUCGCUUCUACUCAAAGGGCCCCUUCAGGGACGAGGCCACCAUCAAGAUCGUCGUGGACGACGUGGAUGAGCCGCCCGUGUUUGAGCGCGCCAGCUACGUAAUGGAGGUGAAAGAAGAUGCGCCCAAGAACACCGCCGUCGGCUCGGUCAGCGCGUCUGAUCCCGACGACAAAAACAGCCUCGUCAGGUACACUAUUGAUCGGCGCACAGACAUGGACAGAGUGUUCAACAUCCAUGCAGGCAACGGGUCAGUGUUCAUCCUCAGGGAGCUGGACAGAGAGGAAAACGCUUGGCACAACAUCUCCGUCAUCGCCACGGAGUUCACCAACCCGCGACAGAUCAGCCGGGUGCCUGUAUACAUCAGAGUGCUGGACGUCAACGACAACGCACCAACAUUCGCCACCAAUUAUGAGACGUUUGUGUGCGAGAACGCUAAGGCUAAUCAGGUGAUUCAAACAGUGAGCGCCGCAGAUCCCGAUGCGCCGCUCGGAGGACACCGGUUCUUCUUUAAUCUUGCUCAGGAGGCUGCUGGAAAGGCAAACUUCUCUGUUCGUGACAACAAAGACAACACAGCAUCGAUCCUCACACGGAGGAACAGCUACAGCAGCCUGCACAAGAGCAUCUACCAUGUGCCUGUGGUCAUCUCUGACGGCGAGUUCCCAAUGCAGAGCAGCACCAACACGCUGACCAUCAGAGUCUGCACCUGCGACCGCGAGGGCAACAUGAAGGCGUGCAACGCAGAGGCGCUCACAGCGAGGGCGGGGCUCAGCACCGGAGCCCUGGUGGCCAUUUUGCUUUGCGUCAUCAUCCUGCUCAUGAUCGUGGUCCUGUUUGCUGCCCUGAGGAGGCAGAGGAAGAAGGAGCCUCUGAUCAUCUCCAAAGAGGAUGUCAGGGACAACGUCGUCAGCUACAAUGACGAAGGGGGCGGAGAGGAGGACACUCAGGCCUUUGAUAUCGGCACACUGCGCAACCCGGAGGCCAUCGAGGAGAGCAAACAGAGGAGGGACAUCGUCCCCGAGGCCUUCUACCCUCCGAUCCGACGGCCUGUGCUGCCCCCAACUCGGGACAAUAAUGGGGACGUGAGAGACUUCAUCAACCAGAGGCUCCAGGACAACGACAGCGACCCGACGGCGCCGCCUUACGAUUCCCUGGCCACCUACGCCUAUGAGGGCAACGGCUCUGUCGCGGAGUCCCUCAGCUCACUCGAGUCAGCGACCACAGAGAGUGACCAGGACUACAACUACCUGAGCGAGUGGGGACCCCGGUUUAAGAAACUAGCGGACUUGUACGGGGGCGACGACAGCGACAGGGAUUCCUAACAAGAACCUGGCACACAGACGGGGAGAGCAAAAAAUUCUCAAACACAUGUUAAAAAGAUCCGGAUGGUUCUGGUGCACGUGCGGCGAGUGAAACGUCGAAAGGACAGAGAAAGGAGCACCGUCUGUCCGGGUGCUCUUUCACCGCCUUCGAUCACCAUUCAGUUGUCCCUCUGGUGACCAGACGUAGGCUUUGUGUGUCCAGUCAGUGUUAGUUGCGUUUUUGCGAGGGCGCAGUAAAAACAAACUUUGUGUCAAGACUUUUUUUUGUUUUCUUUUUUUGUGUGUAUAUGGGGUGUACAUGAGGCCCAAAUAUAUCUAUACCAACUCUUUUUGGUUUUUUUGUUUCUUUUUUUCUCCAAAGCUGCCUGUGAUGGGACACUUCAACAAGCAGUUUUGCAAACCAACAGAUAUGCCUAUGUAUUUUUCAGUGUUUCUGGGACAAAAACAUGCUGCAUAUUGUGAGUUCUAUCUUAGCUUGUGUAUGUACGGUAAUAUGAUACAAUACGCUGUACAGUUGUUUUGUUUUUCCAGGGAUUUCUAUCUUCCAAACAAUCCCCUCUGCCUCACUUUAAACACUUAGCUGCAGUUUUGAGUUUGAGCCACAACAAAAUGAAAAAUAUGGUCCCACACGAGGUGGGGGGGGAGGUACACAGCAUCAGAUUUUGAGUUAGUUGUGGCAGGUGUUGAAAAGUGGCAGUUGUUCUUUAAUGCUUAUAUAAAGCAGUGGUAAAGGACUGCUACUACAAACACCUAGUUUAUCAUUUUUACAGUAUUUGAUUUUCAUCACCACACGGCUCAACGCAUUUGCUGUGAGGUGGGCUCAAAUACCAAAUAUUUCCUUAUUGAGCUGAAUGUCGUCAGCCACUUUUUCUCUGCAGGGUGAAAUAUGAAGUGCACAGGAUGGUGUUAUUCUCUAUGCUGCAGUGAAAAUCCGCCAGUCUAACAUGUCGGGCUCAGUUAAGAGGAAAAUAACUGGUCUUGUAUUGGACCUUUCUGCUCACUUCAGAAAGACAUAAAGUUGGAAGAUGCUGAGAGGAUGCCACUGAGCCUGAAACUACAGCGUCAAAUUAGAUUAGCUUAAACAUCUCGUGGACAGUUACCAUUAAAAUUCAUUAUGCAAUUUUAUUUUCUUCCCCUAAAUGGCUCAUUUUACCUGUUCAAGCGAUGAAGCGAGAGGAAAGGUAGCACAUGAAUCAAUUGAAGGAGCAAAAACAGUGGACAUAUAUCGACUGGAAUCUGAAGACAUGAGUCCGCCCAGAUGUGAAGCUUUACAUCUUCACGCAAAGCGUCAAAGUCCAUGAAAUGAAUGAAGGGAGUUGCCUUAAAUUAAAACAAACAAAUCAGCAGACCCCACACUUCAUGCUCUUCUCACUUCUCACAGCAAUUAUUCUAAAUCAGUGGUUCCCAACCGUUUUCAGUCUGGUGUCUGUUACAGAGAACUGUGUCAGCAGUUGAAAGAUAAGUAAUUAUAUACUGUUAGCUAACAAUUUGUGAGGCAGCGGUGCUAACCACCAUGCCACUGUGCUGCCCCAACUUUGCUAUUACAUUUUAAUUUUAAAAUGAAAACAAACUACGCUCUAUUCAUAAUUUCAACUAACUGCAUUUUUGUAAUUGUUUAUUCUGUUUAGCUAAUAACUGUUUAUUGCUAACAACUGUCAGCUCUGCUCUUUAUUGAGACUUUUAGUAACAAUUUAACUGGCAUUUAUAAUUUUAGCUCAUUUAUAACUAUGUUAACUUUGGUAAUUGCAUUUGAUUUGGAAAAAAUCAAAUGCAGUCAACCACAAAAGCAGCAGGCUAAUACUACACACACAAACACUACACAAGCAACAGAAUAUAUUCAAAAUUAUUAACGUACAAUGAUAAAAAAAAAAUUUAAAUUUGAGAAUGUAUUCCAAUUUUCCUGUUUUUAAUUUAUCCUCUUUUUAGAUUUUGCUCCAAAAAAAUCUAUUUAUGGUCGUGAUUCACCUCAUAGCUGGCUGCCUUGCUUCAAGGCUGCUCACUUGCUCACACAUGUAUUUUUUAUUUUUUUUUUAUUUUGAAACAUCAAUGGAGAAAAUGAACGGGAAAUUCACUUGCGGAACGGGAGCUCUUAAAAAAGCGGGCGCUCACUGUCGCGCUCUUUUGCAAAAGGUAUAUUUGUUUGGGAACCACUGAUCCAAAUGUAUCACAUGACCUACCUUAAAAGCUAAUUUUAGGAUUGCUUCCACUCAUGUUUGGUUAGGAUAUUGUGUCCUGAGAAGGGCUCCGUCCUACACUGUAGAAUGUAUAAUAAUGUAACAUAGCAGUACAGUAACAGAAAUGUGCCAAAAAGCAAAGAACACCAGUAUUUUCCCUCCCAUUAUUUCAGGCUGUUCCUCUGCCCUUCAUUACAUGUACUGUAUGUAGUGCUGAACAUGAAGCUGGUCCAAAUGUUCAGGCUUUACCCAACUGAUUUCCUGUGAGACUAACAGCCCUUUCCAUAAACAUGCUUAUCAAGGGGCACCUGACCUUUGAGUGGUGUGGAAUUAGGUUCUUAAGCCCAGAGGUGUGUCCUCGGCUCAGAGAGAAGGUCAAGACAUUAUCCUGCAGCGAAAUCGCAAAGGUUUAAUUUUUCAAAAGUGGGAGGAAACUUGUGAAAAUGAUCCCUACAUCAAAAUUGUGAAAUUACGUUAAGACCUGCUAACUACAAACACACAGCUGUGAAACAGAGAAAAAUGUCUGAACCAAGAGGGCAGAAUGAUAUCAACAGGAAAGAAAAAAAACAGGCCAACUAAAACAAGCUCUGCCCUCACUUUAGCAAAAGGCCAACCAGUGAAGAGGCUGACAUUUAUCAGACAUUUGAAACAGUAAUAACAAAACACAAUGGCAUAAUUGCCGUAGUGCUACUUUUUUCUCUAUCAUGAGGCAGCUGAUUACACAGUGGUUGGAAAAUUCUUUCUAUCAUAUCCAUGCAUUCUCUCGUUCUGUUUAUUAGCUUGUUGCUGGAGCUCCUAUUGUGUAAGUGGCCGUUUCAGACUGUGGAAAUGUUGCCAAGACAAGCAUUUAAUGGGUUUAAAGACCCUUCACUCUAAGAAAACUGCUUCUCUGCCUCAAGGUGGAAUGCGAGGUCUCAACUGGAAGUCAACAUGACAGCAGCGCUCACCAAAACCAUUUCUUUUUUCUUCCCUUCGAUCGUCACAAUUUUCUGUCUUUGUACAGGAUGUCAGGAUGUCGCCAUUACUUGUGUUUUCCUGCGGAGAGGAUAAUUGCCUCCAAGCAUCGGCACCAGGCUCAGUUAAGAUAGUAGAACAUGUUACAUGUCCUAAAACAUCAUGCCACCACAUCUGUGUUUUUGUUUGGUUUUUUUAGGGUGGGGGUGUAUGGGGUGGAUGUGGGGGGAGGGAAGGUUCCUUCAAGCUAAGGCAACUAGAUGGUGACACUGAUGUCCUCUUUCUCCAGAUAAAAUAGAUCCGUGGUUGUUGAUGUGUAGACAUGAUCGCUCUCGGGGCUCAGCUCAGCUCUGCUACGCUAUGUUAUGUUGGUGACAAUGUGAUUGAGCAGUCCUGUCAAUGUAGAAACAAUCGGAGAGGUCGUGGUACUUGUAAGGGGCCCUGCAUCACUGGCCAUUCAUCAAUCUGCUUUGUAAACCGUGAUAUUUUGUACUGAAUAUUUAUAUGACACAAUUAAAUAUCUUUAAAAUCA